AUGAGCACAACGACUGAUCAACGGAGCUCAACUCAGCUCAGCGCUACUAGCCCUCGUUCCAGUACCGGAGGUGCCAUCGGUGAGGUGUGCUCAUGGAAUGUCAGGUGGCUGCUUCUCUCGACCGCCACGGAACUCACCUGCAGUGAGCGGGAUCGUGCAGCACUCGACACGUCAUCCCCCAUCUGUGUUAACAUCAACGGGUCAGCAAAGCCGAGAUUAAUUCCACCUGGUGAUUUACUGACGUGUGCUCCUGUAACUCGGGCGUCCCUGUCCCCUUCCGACACGAAGCUUUCCUCAAGCCGCCAACUGAUCGGUGGCGCCUGCUACGGAGAGGUUCAACCCCUGAACGUUGGCUACAAAACCAACAAAUAUUUAAACUUAGAGUCCCUCGCGAUAGAGGCAACCUACACUCAUGCGUUCCACACCUUCACGGAACGCUUCGAUACCAGGAACUAA